UCUGUUGUUCGUCUUCCUCUGCACUAUCUGCCUCCCCUUUUAUUUUAGCUUACCCUAUUCCUUAGAAGAAAUGGGAGUUAACAGCUCUUCCUUUCUGGGUUUACUGAUCGCGGCGGCGGUGCUGCUCGUCGCUUUGAACUGUAGUACUACUGUCCUCCACCUGGAUAAGACACCAUCAGUGAGCGUUGAGCGACACGUAGCACAGGAUCGAGCCAGGCACGCCCGUCUGUUUGACGGCGUCGCCAACUUCCCUGUCUACGGCUCUGCCGAUCCGGACCUGUACGGGUAAAGUUUCUUCUGGUUUCUGGCUUUCUGCUGCUGCUUCUUCUUCUCCUCCAUUUCUUAUUGGGCAUGGUUUUUAGCGGCAAACGUUUGGACACGAAAGCGGCGCCGUUUCAAGUAAACAAAGUAACCAAGUAAAAAAAACGUCAGAGACAAUUUUUUAUGGGACGUCAGAGACAAAAUUAAUUUUAUGGGCCGUUUACUUGCCAUUCCAUUUCUGUUAGUGGCCACAACAGAAAACAAAAUUAAAAUGAAAACGACACUGUCAUUUCCUGGAAAACAAAACCUGAAAACCUUGUUUAGCUGAGAAUUUUGGUGAGUCCUGAACCUGAGUUCUGAAAAUGAAAACCUGUUUAGUUG